AUGCGGCAGACAUCCGGGAAGGUUGAAGAACAGCAAAAGUCUCCAAGUUCAUCAACAGCAAUGGACAUGAACCCGUUAUUGGCUGCCACGUCACAGAUGUCAUCACAGUUGUCGUCACAGAUACAGGCGUUGGAGACACGUAUAUCUUCAGAGGUAUCAGCGCAGGUGUCAUCCCGGUUAGAAACUCAGCUACAGGCACAGGAGGCACGCAUAUCAUCACAGCUGGAAGCACAGGAUGAAAAAAUUACACAAAUACAGGACAAACUUGAAGAGAGACAGGAGAAAGUCGAAGCAAAGGUAGAAGAGUUGGAAGGUCGCUUCUUAGAUUUGCAGAUGAAUCGUCCAGCUACUUCGACAAGUAUGCAGAUCAGCAUGAAGAACAGGAUUAUGACGUAUAACAACAUGGAAGUGCCCCUUAGGUUUGGGUAUGAUGGUCCGAGCAGCAAGCAAGUGAUCCUAGAAGAAAGUGAGCAGAUUCCACCGAAGUCAGAAGCAGUUGUGUGGGCAAAGAUUGAUGGAGAUUGUGGGACAAACAAAUUGUGGGUUGUUGAAGCAACACAAAAUUCUACACCGGACGUACUUAUUGGUAAAACCCUGGCUAAGACGCAAAAGGAUGGACGCAUCCCAGUUCGAGUGCUCAAUGAGUUCAAAUCACCAGUCAAACUUCGAAGAGGAACUGUACUGGGGCAAUGUCAAGAGGUAGAGGCAAUCUUCAAGUGCGAAAAAUUACCUGAAAGCGAUUCCAUUGCCGAGAAUGACAUUGCGGAAGACAUUAAUGCAUGGACGGAAGGGUUGGAAGAAAAAUACCAGCACAAGGCUAAGGAACUUCUCCGAAGAUACUGCAACAUAUUCGUCAAGGAUGGCGACAAACCAGGCAGGACUAACGUUGUGAAAAAUCGCAUUGAUACUGGCGAUGCAAGGCCAAUCCGUCAAGCUCCUCGGCGUGUUCCACUUGCCAAACGUGAAACUGUUAGCCAAAUAAUAGAAGAAAUGAGUGAGAGUAGUGUGAUUGAACCAUCAGCGAGUCCAUGGAGUUCGCCGGUAGUACUUGUGAAGAAGAAGGAUAGUCAAAUGCGGUUCUGCGUAGACUACCGAAAACUAAACGAUGUGACGAAAAAGGACAGCUAUCCUCUUCCCAGGACACUCUGGACUCGUUGA